AUGGAAUAUGAGUUGAAUGCGACGCAAACCCUCCUUUUAAAGAAGAUUUUUAUCCUUUUCCGUCAUAUAUCAGCCAACGUACAGAUAAUAGCCAGUAGCAACGGAUUGAACCUUCACGCUCUCAAUGGCUCCAAUUCGGCGUGGUUGCACAUACAGCUAGGGAAGGAUUUCUUCCGUCGGAUAGACACCGGUGGUCUAACGGCAUCUCAACCAUCACCACCAUAUUCCGAAAUACCCAAGUUCUGGUUACUUUCUACAAAGAAUCUAUGCCAAGCGCUCACAAUAGUCUCGCCUUUGGGUCCCAGGAACCAGGGGUAUAGCGCAGUAUUCCUCAAGGACGGUGGGCAUGGCGAUGAUAACACUCUAAGGACAACAGUAGCAUUGGAAAAAUUAAUUAUCAGAGAGGAACCAGAUCAUGGCAACUUGCUGUCAUUUGUGAUGUGCUGUGCCGAAGAGCACAUAGAAAGAUCAGCAAUCAUAUGUUACGAGGACCGUAAAGUGUCAGUACCUGAUGAUAUUAACUGGUUGAAUUGGCAUUACCUAAGGAUACAACCUACUGUACUAUACAAAAGUAUUAACCCAUAUUGGUCACCAUUCGACGACAUAGCGAUAACGUACGACACGAAAAAGGAUCAAGUUUCCUUUUCUGUAGUUAAAAGUGCCAUAUCAACUGGCUCUCGUAGGCGAAAAAAGGCUAACAAACGUGCUGGUAUAACUGGAAAAAUAACAAUUAAUGGUAGCCAUUUUAUGCAACUUAAGUUUGACGAGAAAAUAAAACCACCAAAAGACGUUACUGUGUCAUUGAAAGAGCUGAUAUCGUUAUCGUCAUUUUGUGAAUCUGUAAAAAGUCCCUUGUCAUUUGUGGUACGCAACCCAGGGGAUCCGGUAAUAGUUGUUUUUGGAGAGGCGGUCGAUAUAGCUGAUAACACAAUAGGUGAGAUUAGCAUACACCAAAUUAUCUCCGACGCUGCAACCCGCAAAAACGGAGACCCUUACGAUAACCUGUUGCUGACGUCACCAAAUAAAGCCUGGAGUGGCUCCCUAUGGCUGAGCUCUAUACAACAAACUGCUGAUGCCCCGGAAGAACCUCAAGAGGUAGCAGAACCCGAAGAAAUUACUAUAGAGGAGUCUGAAGAAUAUAGUUCGAGGACUGUAUUACAAUCGGAAUCUGUACAGGAAGGUUCUGGUGACACUGUCCCUAGGGUGAUACAUGAGACUUACGAAGAAGACGACACCGUGGACAUUGUCGAUGGACCUUCACAAUUUGGUAAUUUGACAAGGAAACAACGUGAUCUUAUAUAUAAAACACUCGCACUGGACUUCAUGCCACGCCCUAGUUAUACAUUCAAUACGGCUAAUAACGGCACUGUAACUGACACACCGCAUGAAGACACGCCAUUCUAUCGUUCUCAUGAAAAUCCGUUCACUGUGCCUUCUAGAGAACUUAACAGAGGUGAGAGAACUUACGAUCAAAUUUCUGGGAUAUGGUGA